UGACCAGGGAACUGUGAAGAAGAGCCACCUUAAACGCGUGCUCAUUGUAAUAAUUCCCAAGCUUGGGGUUAGUGGGGUUUGCCAGGGGAAGGAAAACGCUGUCAUAAUUAGGGGCCUGGGAGGAGGAGUUUCUGUUUGCUUUUCCUGAUAGUCAGCAGAGAAAAGUUCCCAGUUGUGAUUUCGUCUCUUCCGGCCAUUUCCUUAUGGCUUCCCGUUUCUUUUCCUAAUUUCCUUUCUUUCUCCUGAUUUCUUUUCCUAAUUUUAUUUUAAGGCGUUAUACUCUCAUCUUGGUUUCACCAUUUUCUUUUCUUGCGUCGAUGUUGGUGGCUUUCAGCGGAGAAAAGUUCCCAGUUGUGAUUUCGUCUCUUCCGGCCAUUUCCUUAUGGCUUCGUGUGCUAAUUAUACAAACGAGUCUUCCUGUUUGCCCAAUUGGUAGAGUUGCUCUCUUGUGCAUUUAUCAUUUUCUUUUAACAGCACUUCUAAGUUUUAGAUUCUGUAUCCUUGGGUUGGGCAUCUACUUUCUUGGAAUACGCUACUGAGAAACAAGGCAACCCAGAGAAAUAAGAAUAAGGAAUGCCCUAUCGGAAACAAGAGAACCCAAAGAAAUAGAAAUAAGCUAUUACUGUUUAAAAAAAAAAAAACUAUAUUGCUGGUAAUUUCCGAUCUGUCCAUUACAGAAACUGGAAUUUUUUACAUAGCAAUUGCGAAGUACAGAAGUAGAAGGAAGAAUUUGAUAAAUACAAAUUGCGCUCCGCUGCCUUUUUCCUUAGAAAGACUUUUUCCCCUUUAGAAAAAAAACACCUUUUCCUCUCAGCUAUAGCUGCUUAGCUCGCUGCUUACUUUCACCUUGAAUGCAGCUACUUUUAUUUUUUUUCCAGCCUGUAUUUUUUUUCCAAUCUCAAUGUUAACUAGAUUUUUUGACUCUUUUGCCUUGUACGACAACGGCACGUUUAAAUACCCUCAUUUAUAUUUUUCAUGUUUCCAAAUAGUUUUAGUUUCGCGUUUUUGUCCCCUUCCAAUAUAUUAAUCAUACAUAUAUAUGCCUUCAUCCCUUCCGAACACGUUGUACUAUCUUUUCUUUUCUAUACUGUUCAUAUGUCGUGCCUUUCUGUUUAUUUUUUCCCUCCAUAUAUGUGUGAUUGGUCUCUUAAAUUUUGAUGCUUAUUACCCAUUUUUUGCCCCGGAUACCCACUUAACGCCAUUUUCUGCUAACAUUCAUUGGGAUACUCCAAGCUUUGAAUAGAUCGCACGUUUUCCAUCAGCGUCAGAUCCAUUGUUCUUUGCAAUGUUCAGUUUUGCCUUCGUUGCUUCUAUCGAUCUUUACCAGUUUUUGUGCAAUGUCAAUAGUCAUUCACAGGGAUCUUCGUAUGAUAGCCGUGCAGAGAUAGUAGCCAUACAAAAAAAAGUGUGCUUACAAUGUUCUAUUAAGCCUUCUGCUUUAUCUGGGCUUCUUCCCUUCCUUUGUUUCUUCUCCUUGCUUUACAGUCAGGCAGCCUUUCUUGCCAUCAGGUUGUGGAGCUUUCUUCCAAGAGUCACACAGCAAGCUCGGUUGCUUCUCUCGUUGUUUCUUCUUUUUUAAGUAAGAUCCGUACAGCCUUAUUCUUGGUUGCAUGGACUACAACUUAGUUCGCCGUGGUCGUUAUGCGGCCAUGGACAAAGACAAAAAAGAUGCUUUGCUUCAGCGUAGAAGAGAUGCUUAUGCUGCAAAGAAAAACACUUCCCAUGUCCCAAAGGAUAGCACUGAACCUGCCUAUCAAACUAAGCUAUAUACACAUAAGGCAGGAAACUCUGCAUCUGGUUCACCAUCUACAUUGCAACAGAUAGACGUAUCUGCUCUUGCAUCUAAGGUGUCGCAUGCUGAUCAGCAGAGCCUUAUUGAAGCUUCUGCUCCUCUUAUGCGUCGACCAAAGAAGUAUAGGAGCCGCCGCAUAAAGCAUUCUUGUGAUAUUCCAUCUGCUUCGCAACAAAUGAAUGCAUCUGCUUCUAUCCCUGAGCCGUCUGAUAACCAUGAUGCCCAAUUGCCCGUGCAUGCCCAUGAAUUAGCUGAUCUUUUUGACUCUAUUGCAAAUCGCUUGAAUUCUAAACUUGAAACCCAGUCAACUCCUCACCACCCUUAUUCCUCUAUUUCUCCCUCUUCUGUACAACCAUCAUUGGAAGUUCCUGCUGUUCUGCCUAUAGAGGAAGGUACCUGUGUUAUUGGUCUAGAUAAUGCUCAGCCAUUCGAGUCUCAAAACAGACCAACCAUUGUCGUAAAUACAUCUGUUCCUUCCAGAGGGAAACGGAAAAAAACCUCACGCUUGGAUAAGAUUCCAGAUAGCCCUCUUGUGCUGCCACAAGCUCCAGACUGUAAACAUUGUGGAGCAAAAAGAUUUCAUUUAGAGCCCCCCAAUUUCUGUUGUUCCGGAGGAGAGGUUUCUGUCGUCAUCCCAGUCAUGCCUUAUAGCCUUUACCGUCUUUUUUCUGGUGUGGACGAGGAAUCAGUGGAGUUUAGGAAGAACGCUCGUACCUACAACAAUAACGUGGCUUUUACAUCUUUUGGUGCCAAAUAUGACCAUGAAUUAACAAAAAACACCAAGGGAGUUUACACCUUUCGAGUUCAGGGACAGGUCUACCAUCUACUGAAUGGCUUAGUUUCUCAGAACAAUCAACCAACAGGGAUUCAGUUGUACUUUUAUGAUCAAGAAGAGGAAUUGUCUAAAAGGCUCAGCAGCUCACCCAGGUUACGCGAGAGUACCCUCCGUCUCUUAAUGCGAAUCUUAGAGUCUAACCCUUACACUAAGUUCUUUAAGAACCUUCGGCAUGUUAACAAUCUUGAAGAUCAUAGGAUCGUUCUUAAUUGUAACCCUGAGCUGGAUCAAAGGGUAUAUAACUUGCCCACUUCGUCUCAAGUUGCUGCAAUUUGGACUGAAUCUGAAGAUGAGGCACUUGAAAGAAAUGCUCACAUUCAAGUUUAUACCCACUCAAACACCAGCCAUAGGAUACAACACUAUUUUUCAUGCUAUGAUACAUUGCAGUAUCCUCUCCUGUUUCCACAUGGUGAGUCUGGUUGGCAUCAUGGUAUCUUAAGAAAUUCUGCUUCUAGGAAACGAAAAAGAAGCUCUUCGGAUGAUGUUGAUCUUCCUGAUGCUUCUUUAAUAGGGACUGCAUCAGACCUUAUUCGCCUAGAACAAGAAGCUGCUGAGCGUGGAAAAAAGGAACGCCUGACUGUCUCUGCUAGGGAAUAUUAUUGUUACUUGCUUCAGAUGAGAGAAGCGGAUAGGUCCAUGUUGUUGCACACCGGCCUGUUGCAACAGUUUGUUGUGGAUAUAUAUGUUAAGAUUGAGACAUCUAGGCUUGACUUCCAUAGAAAAAAUCAGAAUGAUAUUAGAACAGAAAUUCUCCAGGGUGUCAUGGAUAGUAUAGCUGCAGGAAAGAGUGAGGGAAGCAAGUAG